CGCACGGCAACUACCACGGUACCACCACCACCUCCCUCCGGCUCCGACCCCCUCCGCAGGGCCGCGUCCCCGCCGGCGUCCCAGCAGCAGCCGCCGAGCUAGCCCGCCUGCGGGCGCAUGGGGGCGGCCGGCCGCGCGCGGUCGUCGCUGCUGGCGCUGUGCCUGCUGCCGGCCCUGCUGCCGCUGCUGCUCCUCUGCCUGCCGCUGCUCUGCGUCGCCGUCGCCGCCGCCCGCUUCCGCCGCCGCCGGAGGAGGCUGCUGCUGGCGGCGGCGAAGAGGGGAGCCUGCUGCCACGGCAGCCAGCGGCGGCCGCCGGGAGGGACGGAGGUGGACGGCGCGCACCGCGCGGCCCUGCUGCACAAGUACCUCCAGGACCAGGUGGAGCUCGUCGGCGCCGGCGCCGCAGCAAGGCCGGCUGCAACAGUAGCAUGGGGGUAAGAGGCGUAGCUGCUGUUGUGCUCGGACGGAGCUAGGAGAUAGCUGAGCUUGGAUUGGAGAUGGAGGCUGGCGAGAGGGAGGAUUUUUUUUGGGUCCCUUGUGCAGCGGCUGUGCUACUCUGUUUUCUUCGCUUCUUGAUUCUGUGUCUGUGAGAUGUUCUGACAUGAGACCAGUAUCAUCUCUCCUGAUGACUGAUCGAUCAGAUGUUCAGAAUCAGUGGAUUCAGCAGGCACCUGACUCACUGAACGCAAUCUUUCCUCUGUUUUCUUGCUCACGCGCCAUUCAAGUACAGCUGCA